ACAAACAGACAGGUAACCGUGUCGAUGUGUGUGGAGGACAGACGUCCCAUCAGAAACUUUAAAGAAGGCAAACAAAGCAAGAAGAUACACGAAUAAAAAACAAAAACAAAUUCACAAGACACCGUGGUUAAAAUAAUAAUAAAUACACACUAAAUUAUCUUCAACGUAAUAUAAAAAAAAAACAUCUUCAAAAGAGAAUCGUGUUUCUGUACCAAAGAACAAAAAAAAAAAAAAUCAGCUAGAAGAUUUCAACAGAAAAAAAUAAAUAUUCGCGUCUCCUCUAGCUCAGGCUAUUGACUGCCCAGCUUUCAGAUAAGCAGGAAGAAAUUACUCAACCCCCAACGCUAACCAAAACAGCAAAGCCUCUGUUUUAAAAAACGGUAUGUGCCGAGUGAAAUCUCUGGAAGCCCUGAGCAAAUUGUAACUCCCGACCUAGCUCAAACCGGCCGGACACGUUUGUUGCCUUCAGACUUUCGGAACAGGAAGCGACGUCAUCAGAGCCAACAAGGUGUCGCCACGAGAAUGAGAUUAUUAUGUCACCUAACGGUGCUGUGUGCCCUUAUAUGGCACUGUGAGGCGGGGGUCCAGGCCCACGACCCCCAGGAUCUGCAGACGGCUUUCAAUUUAUUUAACUGGUUAAAGGGACUGGUCGGUAGCGGCACUGACCAGAGCACUAGCAGUGUCAUCAAGUACAACGAUAAUUUAGUGACGAAAUGUCCACCAAACGUGAUGUUUGUACUGGACGGCUCAGACAGCGUGUCACCCAUCGGGUUCCAGCACGCCAAGACGGCCCUUAUACGGGAGAUCAGGGCCGUGACCAAAGCUUUCGCUGACACGCACGUCGGCGUCAUCAUGUUCAGCGACGUGACGGAAGAGAUUCCCAUCAAGCCGCGAACAGCCCAGGAGAUAGAGCUGCUCGUCAAGCAGGUGGACGAACUCAAACAGCCCAGGAGGAAGACAGCCAUCCCGACAGCUUUACGUAGAGCUAGGCAAAACCUCCUCGACUACUCCGCGAUCGAAGCCCGCGCCUACAACGGUGAGAGAAGCGGGAACAUCAUCGUCUUGUUGUCUGACGGUAACCCUGACAACCAGAGGGCCACCAUACAGGAAGCUAAAAUCGCAAAAGAUCGAGAAAUUCUUAUAAUCAGCUUAUCGCUGGAGGACGCUCUGUUGGAGCUACUGAAAGACAUUUCACACAUCGUACAGGAGUACAGAACGGCCAUCGACUGGUCUUCACUUGUGGCCUGUCCAGCUACGAUACUGCCGCCAGUCCCGAAAAAUUCAACAUGUCGUGAUGUACUGUUUGUGGUGGACGGGUCCGACAGCGUCCUGAGACGUAAGGAAACCGUACGUCAGUACCUGGCAUACACGGCUAUGCGCUACCGUUACGUCAACAACGCUAUUGGGGUCAACAUUUAUGGGACAGAUCCCAAUGUUCAGCCAGGGGACACCAGAAUAAGGCUGAUGGAAGACAAAUAUCUCCUGGCUGAGAAAAUUCGCAUGACCUUGAAGUUCCCACGGACGGGAGGAACCGGUACCGACCUGGCGGUGAUACAGUCCGUGGGGAUGCUGGAUGACGACAUCAGGGACAGGCCGUCCUCGUUGGUUCUCAUCACAGACGGGCCCCCUUUUGAUGCUGAUGCAACAAGACAGGCCAUCCAGCAAGCACGUGAUCGCGGCUACCCAGUCAUCAUCAUCCGGGUUGGCACCGCCAUGACGGAUCAAGUUCUCUUGGUGCUAUCCGGCGGGGACAGGACCAACGUCUUCAGCGUCAACUCCUUCACCGACCUGUUCUCUGUCCGGCUCAGCGAGAUUCUGUGUUCCGGAUACAGCGGUCAAUGCCCCCUCAAUCAACAAUCUUGCAGGGCACCUUUCGUGUUCGACCAGCGAACCUGCGCAUGUGCCUGUUCGACGCCCUGUCCGAACGAGAAAACCCACGACGCCAACUGCAACUGUAUGUGCGUGAACCAGUGUCCAGCCGGCCAGCAGCAAGAUGACUCCUGCAGAUGCUUCUGCCCCAACACCUGCCCGCAGGGAACCCGACAGCUUGAGGAUUGCUCAUGCAGUGCCUGUCCCACACGCUGCGACAAUGGCCAGUUUCAAGAUGGCAACUGCGCAUGUCAGUGUAACAACGUCUGCCCAGUGGGAACAACACGUGGUCCCAACUGCAACUGUGUCGAUGAAAAGGGCGCCUGUCUGUUAACGGCAGCUGACUGCACUCGCCCCCAAGUUCUCGAUACAACCCAAGUCCCUUGCCGCUGUGCUUGUCCAAGAACCUGCCCUACAACCGCCAGAGUCACUGGAGUCUGCGACUGCACUUGUCUCGACACACGUCUCAUUUACAACGCAACAACAAAUUCUUGUGACGCCAGAUGUAGAAAUACUUGUCCGAGUGGUCAGCAACCGGAUUUAAACAACAACUGCGCUUGUGGGUGCACGAACACUUGUCCCUCUGGUCAGUUUGCCGAUGUGAGCAGAAACUGUCGGUGUGCAUGCAGCAGGGCGUGUCCACCAGGUCAGUUAGCCAAUGCCAACAACAGCUGCACGUGUGAGUGCAGCAACACCUGUCCUAGCGGGCAGAUCCCGAACAUCGUCAACAAUUGUCAGUGCUCGGCUAGAUGCACAAACGCGUGUCCUUCAGGGCAGGUCGCUGACCCCAGUAGGAACUGCCAGUGUGGGUGUAACAACAGGUGCCCCAGCGGCCAGACCCCAGACGCCACCACCUGCGCCUGCGUCUGCAAUAACAGGUGCCCUACAGGUCAACGACCCGACGCCAGUCAAGAUUGUGCUUGCGUAUGCACGAACAGCUGCCCCAGCGGUCAACAGCCGGAUGUGGCUAACGGCUGUGCCUGCACGUGCUCAAGGUCCUGCCCCACGGGUCAGUUCGCUCACCCAAACAACAACUGCAACUGUCAGUGCACCAAUACCUGCCCCAACGGCGUGCUGGCAAGUGUCAGUAACAACUGCAACUGCCCCGGGUGUACGAAUACCUGUCCCGCAGGACAAACUCCGAACCCUACUAGCAACUGCGCAUGUCAAUGCAGCAACAGAUGCGCAACAGGGCAAGUAGCAGACCCGGCCAACAACUGCAGAUGUGGAUGUGCUAAUGUAUGCAGUGGGGGACAAACAGCAGACCCGAACAAUGGAUGCAGAUGUACGUGCAGCAAUACUUGCCCGAGGGGCCAGUUUGUCGACACCAGCAACAACUGCAAAUGCACGUGUUCUAACGUGUGUCCAAGAGGUCAAUCAGCGAACCCAGGCAAUGACUGCAGCUGUGAGUGCUCAAAUAAAUGCUACAAUGGUCAGCCAGCUUUGAUCAGUAGGAACUGUGUGUGUGCCGAUUGCUCAAACAUUUGUCCCCAAGGCCUAACUCCGAACCCGAAUAACAACUGUGCUUGUCAAUGUUCGAAUGUAUGUCCAAAUGGUCAAAGACCUAAUCCAGACAAUGGAUGCGCUUGUCAAUGCACAAAUACAUGUCCAAAUGGUCAAGCACCAAAUCCAGAUAACGGAUGCAUUUGUAGAUGUGCAAAUACUUGUCAAAGAGGACUAUCACCAAAUCCAGACAACAGAUGCGCUUGUGAAUGCACAAAUACCUGUCCAAAUGGUCAAGCACCAAAUCCAGACAAUGGAUGCGCUUGUCGAUGCGCAAAUAGAUGUCCUAGUGGUCAAGCACCUAUUCUAAGCAGAGGAUGCGCUUGUGAAUGCACAAAUACCUGUCCAAGUGGCCAAGCACCGAAUCCAAAUACUGGAUGCACAUGUCAAUGUCCCAAUUCCUGCCAAACAGGUUAUUCACCAAAUCCAAACAGAGAAUGCGCUUGUGAAUGCACAAAUACCUGUCCAAGAGGACUAUCACCCAAUCCAGACAACAGAUGCGCUUGUGAAUGCACAAAUACAUGUCCUAGUGGUCAAGCACCAAAUCCAGACAAUGGAUGCGCUUGUCAAUGCAUAAAUACCUGUCCGAGUGGUCAAGCACCUAAUCAAAACAGUGGAUGCGCUUGUCAAUGCACAAAUACCUGUCCAAGUGGUCAAGCACCAAAUCUAAACAAAGGAUGCACUUGUGAAUGCACAAAUACCUGUCCAAGUGGUCAAGCACCAAAUCUAAAUAAUGGAUGCAGAUGUCAAUGUACCAAUUCCUGCCCAACAGGUCAAUCGCCAAAUCCAGACAACAGAUGCGCUUGUCAAUGCACAAAUACAAAUACAUGUCCAAAUGGCCAAGCACCAAAUCCAGAUAAUGGAUGCGCAUGUCAAUGCACAAGAACCUGUCCUAAUGGUCAAAGACCAAAUCCAGAAAAUGGCUGCGCUUGUCAAUGCAUAAAUACAUGUCCAAAUGGUCAAGCACCAAAUCCAGAUAACGGAUGCAUUUGUAGAUGUGCAAAUACUUGUCAAAGAGGACUAUCACCAAAUCCAGACAAUAGAUGCGCUUGUGAAUGCACAAAUACAAAUACCUGUCCAAAUGGUCAAGCACCAAAUCCAGACAAUGGAUGCGCUUGUCAAUGCGCAAAUAGAUGUCCUAGUGGUCAAGCACCUAAUCUAAUUAGAGGAUGCGCUUGUGAAUGCACAAAUACCUGUCCAAAUGGUCAAGCACCAAAUCCAGACAAUGGAUGCGCUUGUCAAUGCGCAAAUAGAUGUCCUAGUGGUCAAGCACCUAAUCUAAUUAGAGGAUGCGCUUGUGAAUGCACAAAUACCUGUCCAAAUGGUCAAGCACCAAAUCCAGACAAUGGAUGCGCCUGUCAAUGCGCAAAUAGAUGUCCUAGUGGUCAAGCACCUAAUCUAAUUAGAGGAUGCGCUUGUGAAUGCACAAAUACCUGUCCAAAUGGUCAAGCACCAAAUCCAGACAAUGGAUGCGCUUGUCAAUGCGCAAAUAGAUGUCCUAGUGGUCAAGCACCUAAUCUAAUUAGAGGAUGCGCUUGUGAAUGCACAAAUACCUGUCCAAAUGGUCAAGCACCAAAUCCAGACAAUGGAUGCGCUUGUCAAUGCGCAAAUAGAUGUCCUAGUGGUCAAGCACCUAAUCUAAUUAGAGGAUGCGCUUGUGAAUGCACAAAUACCUGUCCAAACGGUCAAGCACCAAAUCCAGACAAUGGAUGCGCUUGUCGAUGCGCAAAUAGAUGUCCUAGUGGUCAAGCACCUAAUCUAAUUAGAGGAUGCGCUUGUGAAUGCACAAAUACCUGUCCAAAUGGUCAAGCACCAAAUCCAGACAAUGGAUGCGCUUGUAGAUGUGCAAAUACUUGUCAAAGAGGACUAUCACCAAAUCCAGACAAUAGAUGCGCUUGUGAAUGCACAAAUACAAAUACCUGUCCAAAUGGUCAAGCACCAAAUCCAGACAAUGGUUGCGCUUGUCAAUGCGCAAAUAGAUGUCCUAGUGGUCAAGCACCUAAUCUAAUUAGAGGAUGCGCUUGUGAAUGCACAAAUACCUGUCCAAAUGGUCAAGCACCAAAUCCAGACAAUGGAUGCGCUUGUCAAUGCGCAAAUAGAUGUCCUAGUGGUCAAGCACCUAAUCUAAUUAGAGGAUGCGCUUGUGAAUGCACAAAUACCUGUCCAAAUGGUCAAGCACCAAAUCCAGACAAUGGAUGCGCUUGUCAAUGCGCAAAUAGAUGUCCUAGUGGUCAAGUACCUAAUCUAAGCAGAGGAUGCGCUUGUGAAUGCACAAAUACCUGUCCAAGUGGUCAAGCACCGAAUCCAAAUACUGGAUGCACAUGUCAAUGUCCCAAUUCCUGCCAAACAGGUUAUUCACCAAAUCCAAACAGAGGAUGCGCUUGUGAAUGCACAAAUACCUGUCCAAGAGGACUAUCACCCAAUCCAGACAACAGAUGCGCUUGUGAAUGCACAAAUACAUGUCCUAGUGGUCAAGCACCAAAUCCAAACAGUGGAUGCGCUUGUCAAUGCACAAAUACCUGUCCAAGUGGUCAAGCACCAAAUCCAAAUAAUGGAUGCAGAUGUCAAUGUCCCAAUUCUUGCCCAACAGGUCAAUCACCUAAUAUAAACAGAGGAUGCAUUUGUGAAUGCACAAAUUCCUGUCCAAAUGGCCAAGUACCUAAUCCAAAUACUGAAUGCAGAUGUCAAUGUCCCAAUUCUUGCCCAACAGGUCAAGCGCCUAAUCUAAACAGAGGAUGCACUUGCGAAUGCACAAAUACAUGUCCUAGUGGUCAAGCACCGAAUCCAAAUACUGGAUGCACAUGUCAAUGUCCCAAUUCCUGCCAAACAGGUUAUUCACCAAAUCCAAACAGAGGAUGCGCUUGUGAAUGCACAAAUACCUGCCCAAGAGGACAAUCACCCAAUCCAGACAACAGAUGCGCUUGUGAAUGCACAAAUACAUGUCCUAGUGGUCAAGCACCAAAUCCAGACAAUGGAUGCGCUUGUCAAUGCAUAAAUACCUGUCCGAGUGGUCAAGCACCUAAUCAAAACAGUGGAUGCGCUUGUCAAUGCACAAAUACCUGUCCAAGUGGUCAAGCACCAAAUCUAAACAAAGGAUGCACUUGUGAAUGCACAAAUACCUGUCCAAGUGGUCAAGCACCAAAUCUAAAUAAUGGAUGCAGAUGUCAAUGUGCCAAUUCCUGCCCAACAGGUCAAUCGCCAAAUCCAGACAACAGAUGCGCUUGUCAAUGCACAAAUACAAAUACAUGUCCAAAUGGCCAAGCACCAAAUCCAGACAAUGGUUGCGCUUGUCAAUGCACAAGAACCUGUCCUAAUGGUCAAAGACCAAAUCCAGACAAUAGAUGCGCUUGUGAAUGCACAAAUACAAAUACCUGUCCAAAUGGUCAAGCACCAAAUCCAGACAAUGGUUGCGCUUGUCAAUGCGCAAAUAGAUGUCCUAGUGGUCAAGCACCUAAUCUAAUUAGAGGAUGCGCUUGUGAAUGCACAAAUACCUGUCCAAAUGGUCAAGCACCAAAUCCAGAAAAUGGCUGCGCUUGUCAAUGCGCAAAUAGAUGUCCAAAUGGUCAAGCACCAAAUCCAGAUAACGGAUGCAUUUGUAGAUGUGCAAAUACUUGUCAAAGAGGACUAUCACCAAAUCCAGACAAUAGAUGCGCUUGUGAAUGCACAAAUACAAAUACCUGUCCAAAUGGUCAAGCACCAAAUCCAGACAAUGAUUGCGCUUGUCAAUGCGCAAAUAGAUGUCCUAGUGGUCAAGCACCUAAUCUAAUUAGAGGAUGCGCUUGUGAAUGCACAAAUACCUGUCCAAAUGGUCAAGCACCAAAUCCAGACAAUGGAUGCACUUGUCAAUGCGCAAAUAGAUGUCCUAGUGGUCAAGCACCUAAUCUAAUUAGAGGAUGCGCUUGUGAAUGCUCAAAUACCUGUCCAAGUGGUCAAGCACCAAAUCUAAAUAAUGGAUGCAGAUGUCAAUGUGCCAAUUCCUGCCCAACAGGACAAUCACCCAAUCCAGACAACAGAUGCGCUUGUGAAUGCACAAAUACAUGUCCUAGUGGUCAAGCACCAAAUCCAGACAAUGGAUGCGCUUGUCAAUGUGCAAAUAGAUGUCCAAGUGGUCUUCUACCAAAUCCCAGCAAUUGCAUUUGCCAAUGUCCGAACUCUUGCCCAAGUGGUCAAGUUGCGAACCCAGCCAACAGUUGCACUUGUGAAUGCUCUAAUACCUGCCCUAACGGCCAGCGUGCCGAGGUCAUUAAUCGAUGUGCUUGUCCUGCUAUUUGUACAACAACGUGUCCAGUAGGCAAAAGGCUGAACAUAAAUACCUGCAGCUGUGAAUGUAUCAACACCUGCCCCGUGGCGAGUACCGUUCAGGAUCCCAAUACCUGUGCCUGCUCGUGCAAAGACACGCUUGCAAUCUACAACUCAAGUUCACAGCUUUGUGACAAGGGCUUUUGCACUUUGACCUGCAGUGCCCCGCAAAUCCUUGAUGCUGCAUCCUGCACUUGUGUUUGUCCAUCACAGUGCCCUAUCAAUGCUGAAAGAAAAGGCACUUGUGAUUGUCUGUGCUUUGAUUCCAACCUAGUCUACAACAGUGCAAGAAAUAUAUGUGAACGAAGACAGACCUGUCCGCAGAAUUGCCCAGUAAACAGUAUUCAAGGGUCUGACUGCUCAUGCAAGUGUUCUCAGGGAUUUUCUUUCAAUCAGACCACCAGGCAAUGUGACCCUGUCACUACAUAUGCUGUCUGCUCACGUAGCGAACUGACAUGUGAAAAUAACCAGGUUGCCUACAAGGACUGUAAUGGCCGCUGUUUCUGUGCUUGUGGAACUAAUUUUGCUGGCCCUCGGUGUGAAAUCAGAAUUCAAGCUCAGCUUUGUGACAACUGCUUCUAUGACAACGGCCAUUAUCAUGCUGGAGUGGUGGGAUACUGCGACCUGUUUGUCAACUGUGUGCCCUCAGGGAACUCCUCCACAAGAGAUCCUGCAGUGCGUCCUUCAGAGUUCACUCCCUUCAUCAUGUCCUGUGCACCAGGAACAUACUACAUCACCAGGCCCAAUGGAUGGAGGGGAUGCGACUUUUUGGAGAAUGGUAUUUGUUUAGCAGACAAGUGCCAAACCAUGGCUCCAGGCUCCAAAUAUCCAGACCCUGGUUCAUGCCAGAGUUACUGGGAGUGUGACGCCAACAGGAAGCUCUCUGGCAAAGGCUGCUGCGAGGCUGGACAAGGAUUUGAUUCCAGGACUCAAAGGUGUGUGGCUAACGCAAACUGCCCAGUGACCUGCGGACCACAGGCACCAAUGAUCUGCAAUAAUAAUACAGUGGAGUGUCCAUUUGUUGUCACCGCCAACGACCCCAACGAAUACUUUUACAAGGAAGUGCCCUGGGCCAAGCUGAGAUGUCAAACUGGAGACAUUAUGGAUCUGACCAUCUGCAACUGUAGACAUUUGGUGGAUCAGAGACCUCUUGCAUGUGACGCUGUCAUCAACUUCACAUUUGAGACCGAGGGCGUCACAGAGGAGGAUCAUGUCCCCAGGGUUCUCCUCCCUGGCAUUGGCUCGGUGGCUAACUUUAGUGGUUCAGACAACAUAGUCUUCAAGUACUUUGCUGGCUCAGGGUUCUACACCGACUACUUCCAAAUCAACAUGAAGCUCUUUGUGCCCCACCCUCCCACUGGAAACCAGAGGGUUGCCGUGGCAACCAAUGCUGACUGCAGGGUGAAAGAGUCUGUGUCCAUUACCAUGGACAGCACAAAUUUCUAUUUUAAGAUUUAUCAACUAGAAUCAGACACACCUUGUGAGAUAGCUAUUCCAUUUGCUGGUCUUGCUGAUAGGAAUGGCUGGUUUGAUGUGGCUUUGGUGUACAAGCGAUUGAGCCCAGAGGCGUUUGAAUUUUCUGGAAAGGUUGGAGCAAAUACACAAAAAUACACUGGGAAAGUAGUCCUCUCCAAUUACAUUGAUAUGAGAAUGUGUGCUCUUCACCUUGGCUAUGGCUUCAACUAUGCUAGCCUGGUUGGCUUUGUCGACAAUUUCCAAGUAUGGCGCUGCAACCCAAAUAUUCUUGUUUAAAAUGAGAGAACAGCUGAAAGAAAACUACGUCACAUUGAAAGUCCAAACUGUGAUUUGUUUUAAAACAAAAAAAAAAAACCCUUGAAAUCCAGAUCAUUUUUUAAAUUUCAAACGUUAAAUUGGACGAGUAACAUAUUUACUUCAUUAAUCAUUCAUGUGUGAAUGUUGUAAAAUGAAGCCAUAAAAGUGAUAAAAAUUACACAUUUACUUUUUAAACAUAUUUUCAAAGAAAAAUAAAUAUUAAUUAUUAUAGUGUAGGGAAGUUAGGUGUUAUAAAACAUUUAAUCUUUUUUUUUUUCACUUUUUUUGUUAUCUAAUAGUAAGAAAUUGUUUAUAUUUAGAUUAUUUCAGAAUUUUCCUCUAGACAUUUAUCUGGAUGCUUUCUAGAUAGUAACUAAUUAAAAAUGGUGUUGCGCUUGUGUGAAUAAAUGUUACAUAAUUUCUGAUAAUUCUAAAAAGUCAAUUAAUUUGUUUGGUAACAGUUCUUUGUCUAAUCCUUAUUGUUUUUUUUUAACUCUGUAACACAAAAAUUUGUAUAAAAAUUGUUCAAAUAUAUUGAGGGCAUAUAAAAAAGCACCUCAUCAAUUGUUAUACCCAACACUUAAUUCAUAUCAUGAUGUACUGCUGAAAUCUUCACAAGUUGUAAACAUUUGCUUGUUGUUUUCUGUACCCUUGUUCAAGGAAAAAAAACAGGAUGUUAAACAUUAAAACUCAGAAAUAAAAAUGAUUUUUUAAUCUGAA